AUGCUCAUGAUCGUUGUUAGCAAAGAGCAACAACUUACAUCCACCGAUGUAGCCCUCGCUUUCCUCAACAACGUCAUCGGCCACAAACACGCAUCUGCAAUCCUCGCCAUCUUCACGACCAUCAACAGUUUCGGCAAUGUCAUCGGCAUGACCUUCACUCUUGCCCGCGCGAAACAAGAAAUAGCAAAAGAAGGCGUCCUGCCAUUUGCCAAGUUCUUCGGCGAGAACCGCAUUCUCUUUCGCAAAUACCGCGAGAAACACCAUUCCAACCAGUCCGAGCCCACUCCCUUGGGCGCCCUCUUCCUACACUGGGUAUGCGCCGUGUUUCUGAUACUGGUAACAUGGCCCAUGAAGCCCUCAUCUGCGUACAGGAUCCUCGCAAACCUGUACGUAUACCUCAUCGACAUCAUACCGACCUUCAUCAUGGCAGUCGGCAUGUUGUAUCUUCGCUUCUUCACGAAGUGGUCUCUCAAAUCGCCCCUCCCAGCGUGGUUGAGUGUCACCGCUGCUCUUAUCUACGCUAUCUCGGGCGGCUUCCCCUUAGUCGCAGUCUGGAUACCACCGUUUCAAUACUCAGACCUCGACGUUCACGACAUCAUUCCCGGGCUUCCUUGGUACGCGACCGGCAUGUUAUCGUGGAUCAUGCUCACGUGCUGUAUUGUGUACUGGGUCUCUUUUCGCUUCUUCCUACCGCGCAUUGGGCCUAGAAAAGGCAAAGAAUUCGUGGUUGAGAGGGAGCCGGUGUUUCGUAUGCAAAAACCGGAGAGGGUUCAAUGGCACGAGAUUGUGCUGCAUAGCUGGGUCAUCAAGGCUCAGCCUGAGAAGAGGAGGGGGUAUAUGUUGGAUGAUCUUUAA